AUGACAUCCUACCUUCAGAAAGAAAGGAUCCCAGACCAGUGGAAGACCUCGCGAACCGUUCUUAUCCAUAAGAAAGGUGACCGAGAGGACCUUCGGAACUACCGUCCGAUAUGCUUGCUGAGCGUGUUGUACAAAGUAUUCACCAAGAUCAUCCUCACGCGCAUAUCUAGAGUGCUUGGUGAAGGCCAGCAUCAAGAACAAGCUGGAUUCCGUCAGGGGUUCAGCUGCUUGGACCACAUCCAGACCGUGUCGAGGGUCAUAGAGGUUUGCCGAGAAUACCUCCUGCCCUUUGUUCUAACCUUCGUCGACUAUAAGAAAGCCUUUGACAGCGUGAAACGAAUGCAAUACUGUCAGCGCUGGUCGACCAAGGUGUGGACGCGUCGCAUGUGA